GUAAGUUUCAAGAUGGACGUUACUUCAUGAACGAUCCACAUGUUAUAUUUACACAGAAAGCUAAGUAUCAUAUAGACAGGGAUCAUAAACAAAUCUGCCUGUAAUUUAUGCUUCCAAUAAGAGUUCAUAGAUUAUUUCCCUAAUUUUUGCGUUUGUCUGUAAUCAGGUAAGCUUACACGUAGUAAUUGUGUCCCAUGUUGUUUAGUUUCAUGGUGUUAUUAACUAGAGCUUGUGAGUUGGGCUCGAUCAUACCUGACUAUUCACGAUUGCUGAGUGUUCCAGCUCAUAAGAAAUGAUGUAAGCCUUUUUGUGAUAGGAACAGAUAAACGUUUGGGGAAAUUUUGGGGUUUCGGUCCCAUUUCCCCAAAAUUUACUAUAGCGGCUUCCCCAAAAUGGACCAAAUUCCCCCAAGGUUGGCAGCUCGGGACGGUUUGACUCGUGCAUGCGAGUCUAACUAGACUAACAUAGACCGCAAGUCUUCUGUGCCUACAACAUAAAUUUGAAUAUGGAAAGAUCAGAACUUAGAACAAACUGACAUUGGAAUUGUCAUUACUAAAUAUCUUGUAUCAGGGUUGUCCACUAUUCUCCUUUUUAUGUAGUUUUUCCUUCUGGAAAUAACGAGUUCCUCAUAAGACUUUCCAGCGGCCUAAGAUGACCUCAUUUUGUUAAAACCCUAACGUAAUACAGUCUCUUGAGGCUUUUAGCUCUAAUAAUCCUGUUACUACAUCUGCUCUGGGAUUUGCCUUGACGAUUUUGUCUCGGUAUGUUAAUGGGGUAUGACAACUUGAAUAGAUGUACGCAUAUACCAGGCUGACUGAUAUGGAUCAGUAUCGUUCACAAUAGUGCAGAUCUAUUCAAUUUUUGUUUCGCUGUCGAUCGUCAGUUCAUUCAUCUGCACCUUCUUACCCUAUCUUUUCAAACCUGAUUCUUACUGCCUACUCUUUCUCAUGAUUAUUGCUACUACACUAUUCCGAACAUCUUUGCUCUUCAUCUUUAAUUUCAUCUCAUUGCAAUCUAGUACGGCAAUGUGGUCCAAAUACACAUGUUUUCCACACCCUAUGUUAGACAACGAUUAAUUCCGAAGGAAUUAAAGUGGGUAUGACUAUUGAAUGGCUCCGUUUGUAAAUAAGCUCGUUUUUAAGUUGUUGAUAUAAACCAGCACUUGUUUUGUCAGUUCACUUAAUACUUAAAAGUAGUCAUUUAAUAUAAUCUAAUUCUCUAGUUCUGAGUAUUUGUUGAAUUCCACUUUCUAUUUUCUUAUUAGGUGUAAUUUCAAAGACCAUGGCUAGUAUGUUUGUUACAAGGGUGAUUACAAGAGUUCCCAAGGUUCCAAUUCUUAUGCCUUGUAGGUUUUCCCGGCGCAGACUACCACCUGAAUACAGAAAGCAGUAUUUAGAAAAAAUAAGUAAUGGGGCUCUAGAUAAAUACCGGAAAUCGGACUUUGUUCCGUAUCCUGCCCUAAAAACACAAAGGUUAUGGGAAGUCCAACCACAAGAACCAGAAAAGGAGACGAAGUAUGUCAUAUGGUUUGUAUCGGUCCCGUUAAAUUCUUCAAUAGCGAUAUCAAAUAUCAGUCAGAAAUUAUUUACUUUGACUAUAGUAUAUUCGUUAAACCGUAUAUGCGUAGUUCAAUACUGAGACUAUUGAACUACACUAGGUUGACAACAAGAUAACUGUUUAUUAAAAAAAAUUACCUGGCAGUUAUUGACGUACGCCUUAAGCUUUAUAAAUAACUUUUGGAACAUCUACACUGAUUAUUUAUCAUGUUUAAUUCUUGCUCGAAUAGUAACACUUUACGAAGUUAAUCCUGAGCAGUUCAUGUGGCUUGAUGAUGUGAUAUUCUCAAAUGAAUAUCAGAGAUCAAGAACUACUAGACAAUCUUAACUUCUAUAUUAAGCUAAGAGUAUUCUAUCUAUUUUUCCGGAAAUCUCAAUCAUUUCAAGCCGAGAACACCGGUAAACAUAAUUCUUGGUUCCGAUAAUAUUUCAUGAAAAAAACAUGUUAAUGUGAAGAGCCAAUCAGGUAUAUGUCGACAACCAGUUUCGGACAAGCUGAUGCAUUCUCGAGAUUGAUGAACUCAAACCGACCAAUAGAUGAGGAUUGCAUCAUUGCAGAAGUAUCAUUUGAAGCUGAAGCAAAACGAGUUAUGUCGGAUGUGAUAGAGGCGUUACCAGUAACAACGAAUAUAGUCCAGGAUGCUACGCUAUCAGAUUAUAAACUUUAGCAAGUCGCUAAGUAUGUGCAUGGCGGUUAGCCGAAUAAAGUCGCUAGUGUUUAAACAAAGUAUUUCCACCGACGUGGCACGUUGUCAUUACCAACACCUAUCUACUGUUUAGGGAAUUCCUGGUUAUCCCAACUACUCCCACUCAGAUCACCCUGGUGUGUUGCAUAUAAGGUCACAAACACGCAGUUAUGUAUAUCGGCUACUGAUGGAUAAACACAUUGAAAGUAUCUUAAAGAAAUAUCCACAAUCUGUACAAGCCUUUAAACUGCCACCAAAAAUACAGCCAUCCUCAUGUCCAAGUUCAGUAAAGCCAUGGUUCCGUGUUCAACACUUUCUUAUUAUCAUCGAUUCAUGUAUAAAAUGACCAGAAAGUUAUUUAAUACCUCAGACUUCACCGGCUUCAAUAAUGACGGUGCUGAAUAGGCUUUUCGGACACUUGAGUUUUCUGGAAACACUAGUUACCGAUGGUUAGAGACCUUGAAUAACAUGGCUCAAAAUCGUUUGCAAUGGCGCGGGUGCAUCCACUCUUUGUGUUCUCCCAAAUUCUAAUCUUCUGAAUUCUUCAUGUCCCUUUUUUCUCUUUCCAAAUUUAUUUGACUAGAUUAUACUCCUUGAAUAACAUCUUCAAAACCUAAUGUUUCCGAUCACUGCUUAUACUUUUAUUACCUCUACCACUAUGGGAUUUGAAUUGGCAAUUGUAUCUCUGUGCUCAUGUGGUAUGGCAACUCGAACUGAUGUACGAACGUACGAAGUUCUACGUUGUGACUGACUAACUGACUGGAAACACUUACAGACAAUCGACCUCAGUUCACAUCUGAAAUCCCAAACUUCUGUUUAAAGAACUCAGUUACACACAUUCAGUUACCGCCCCAUCAUCCUCAGUCAAACGGCCAGGUUGGACGUGUUGUCGAUACCUUCAAGCGGCUCUCAUCUAGUCACAUGGGGAGAGCAUGACAAAGGAGGUCAUCCAGGAUUUCCUGAGAGUAUACAGAAUAACCCCGAAUCAAGCCUCACCUAACGGUCUCCCCUACUGGGUCAGUGUUUAGAAGAUUGGGACUUAAUUUGAUAGCAUGUAUCUACAAAGAAGAAGACGGGACUAUAAACCCAGGGAGAAGAGAACUGAUCUUCAGUUUCUGUUAUAACUUGUGGUUUUGUGCCCUACUAAUGUAUAACGUAAUGAUACCGUCAAUUAGAGAACAGUAAUUUAUCGACCGGACCAAUGACGCAUAAAACCCGUACGAGCAGUCUAGAGUCCUUAACAGACCUGCUUCCUGCCUAGCCCUGCCUGUUUAGUUCAGAACAUCAGUCUCAGCCUCUGCGAUAUGAAUCAUGUGUUUCAAACAUACUAGGUUUAUAUACAAACCAAACAGACCACAUCGUACCAUAAAAUAAAAAAUAACAUUUGUACAAGAUUUAGCCAAAAGUGACUGUGAAUGUGGGAGAUAGUAAUUGAUAGACUGGGCAUAAUUCAAGAAUGGUAAAUUGUAUAAUAAUAGUUCAUAGAUCAAAAUAAGGCUUAUGAUAAGAGAAACACGAAUACGUUUAGUUUAGUUAUUUAACAACUAUACGAUAAAAAUAUACGUAUAGUAUUAGUCCAGAAAUAGAUUCCAACAGUUACCAUUCAUUAUUCUCAUUGAGAUAUAACAGUUUCCUAAUGGGUUACCAGUGUACGUAAGAAACUUUCGAUAUUGGCGACCUACAUGGAUAGCGGGUGUUAUCGUAAGAAGAGUCGGUGAUGUAAUGUACGAAAUUGAUUUCAGAGGUAAACUCCUGACACGACAUGUAAACCACAGAAGAUUAGAUCCAGAUAAACAACCUAAAUCGAACCUGAAACUAGAUUAUUUAAUCGGUACAGUCAGUUGGGAAAAUCAGGAUCAACGCUGACGAAGUGAUGACCAGGCCCCAGCCAGUCAGUUGGCUACAACUUGGGACCAAGAACAUAUAUGCAUCGGUCCAAGUUGCCACCCCGUUAGCACAACAAGAUAGCGAAUUCAUAGACGUAGUUACUUCAAUGGUAGUAAUAUAUAAAGGAUUGUGUAUCAGGAUAUAAUACAGGAAGAAAGAAUUAGGCGAUCAGGCCCCAAAAAAUCAUCAAGAAGACGACAGUGCAAUACACUUUCUCGCCCAAGUAGUCAUUUGGGGUGUUAGCGCAUAGUAUGCCGUGUAUCAGUACCAGAUUUCGGACACCUCACGUUACAGCACAUGUGCUACUGAAAUUCUAAUCUAAGUUGAUUGUUCUACUAAUUAGUAUGUAUGUCAUGUGGCAGUAGUUUUUGUCGUGCUACACGGUUGUGAAGCAUGAUUAUUGACAAUGGGAAACACUACUAAUAUUCGAACAUAUGACCAUCAAAACAGUUUUAGUGUGUAACUAGAAUAACCCAUGGUAAAUGUUGACGUUAGACUUAGAGCCCUAGGUAAUUUGACUAAUCUGGUUGCUAAUCUUUAACUGACAAAUUUGAAUCUUAACUAUGUAUACCGAGUCACCCCAAAAUUGAUGGCAACUCGAUAAAAAUAAGUUUUUAGAUCAGAACAUGGGAUUGCCCAACUUAGUAGUAACUUGGUAAACAAGAAUUAAGCUUACUAUUGAGUGACCUACAAAAUUCAUAUCUCCCAAUCGCUUAUCUUUCAGCAGAUCUUUAGUCAUGUUUAUUCUCCUUUUUAUAUAUUCUGUAAGUAAGCAUGCGAUUUUACUUGGGAAAAAGGCCUACGCUUUUGAAUGAUUGUACUGUCUCUCGAUGUCAGUCCAGUUAGGAAUUCGUGAGUAGUUGCCAGUUCUCUACAUUGUGAUGUUGCAAAUCAUCUGUGCAUUAGCGUUGUAUUGUAUUGAAAAACCAAAAUAUGCUGACUUGACUAUACUCGAAACUGUACUUCGUAAAAACGUAGCUUAUUUCGUCUCAAAAUUGUUGGAGAGUACAAACUUGUUUGCUCAAAAUAUUAAAGCUCAGUAAUUAAAUACCCUUCGUGAUACUAUUCGAAAUCUAUAAAAUUGUCUCAAAUGGAUUUAAUCUCCAUCCUACUUUGAACGAAUAAUUUCGUAUGUACCUCUCGUCUAUUCAUUCAUAUCAUUCUUUUCGUUGACUUGAACCCAUAAAGACUUACUGUCAUUUUUGUGCAAUCUCACGUGUAUAGAAAGUUCUUUUUAUUAAACAGUAGCUGCCUUAAAUAAUUUCGCUUUCACAAUUUGUACUUAAAUUGGCAUGUUUUAAUUUUUUAAGCUAACCAAUGGUUUCAAAGAUUGGCGCAUGUUCACCUCUACUGUUUUAUUUUAUAUUUGAGGCUACAAUGUUGUUCAGUUACAAUAGUUUUAUUUCCUCACAUUUGUUUAGACGCCUGUAUCAAGAACUCGUACCACAUUUUAUUGAUCCAAGAUAUCGCGAUCGUCUACGUGAACGUCUUGAGCGUCAUGAAAUGAUGCUACGUCGUCGAAAUUUAGAUAUGCCAGAGUUUUAUGUGGGGUCAGUUGUUGCCGUAAGGACUGCUGAUAAAUUUGCGCCAAAUCAAUCACAUCGAUUCUUGGGUAUUUGCAUAGAACGCUUUAACGAGGGUUUAUGGACAAAAUUUACUCUUCGUAACGUGAUUGAGAAAACAGCUGUUGAAAUUCAGUAUGAAUUAUAUAAUCCAACUAUUCAGUCAAUUGAAGUAUUACUACUAGAGAAACGUUUAGAUCGUAACCUUUUGUAUUUACGUGAUGCUCCAUUGGACGAAAGUCGAUUUCCAUUUGAUAUGUCGCGUAUUCCAUAUAAUCCUUCUGAUCCUGUCCCAAUUAAUGACAAGAAAGUAAAACUGCUCCCACCACCAUGGGCCUUCAAAUGGUAUUUACACGGUUACCGUGGGAUACACGACACCAUGUAUGACUAUUUAACUCCACAACAGUUAUCUGAAAUUCAGGACAAAAUAAAUCUUGUCGAUCGAUAUGAUUUGAUGAAAAUGUAUAGAUCACGAUUGUGCUUAGAAGAAGAACGAAUAGCUUUAGGUGAUGUUCAAAUUCAACAUCAAGAUCUUAUACGUCAUCAUGAGCAACGUCGACAAGAGUUAAUGGACAAACAUAAAGAAACCCAAAGGACUGAUAAAAAUACUGCUUAUGGUGGUCGUUAAUAUAUUUUCCACUCUUGCUGCGAGACAUUUUCUUUUGUUAGAUUGUAAAUAUUGUAUAUUGUCAUUUAAAUAAACGUUUUACAUCAAAA